GCUCACUGCUCCCCAAGCCUGCAUUUCACUGAUUUUUCUAUGCAACUGUCGCGCGUCUCCACUUUGGAUAGAAAUAGCCUGAUCACCGUGCGCUGCAGAGCGCAAAGGAGCUGAGAGGCACAAGUUGGGAAGAGUGGGAGAAAUCUCUCCUCUGGACUGCAAUACAAUGAGGAAAUUCUGAUGUGGCAGUCCUCCUCCGUUCACUUUACGCUUCCUUUGGCUGUUACCAAAGGGUUAGCCCAUGAGCCGGUAUCCUCUUGUGUGUGAUUCUGUUUUCACCCAGAUCUCUGCUGCCUGGACAAAUGCAUACAAAUGCAUUUAGGAGCCCAACGGACAAGGAGUGGACACGUUUCUCCCGCUGCAGCAACGUGGAACUUCCUCCUGCUCCUGUCAGUAUGCUCAGCAGUACUGUCCGCAGAAGAAGACUACUUAACAGAAGGAGUGGAUAUUCUCUAUCGGCUGGGUCUCUCUCCCCAGAGCAGCAGAGACAAUCCCUACGAGAGGACCACCUCACCCUCCUCCAUUUCUGCCACCACUCCCUCAUUUCCAAACCUCCCUCCUCCUGAAGCUGGGAUUUUACUUGACCCAGACUCCCUCUUUGAGGCCCCAGCAGGCAGCCUGUUCCCGCCAGAGAUCGGUGAAGAGUUUUCUGUUGUGGUGAGCCUAAGCUCCUGGCGAGCAAACAAUGCUUUUCUUUUCAGUAUCAAGGACAGCAGGGACAGGCUGCGUUUUGGCAUUCAGCUGCUGCCGCGCAGAGUGGUGGUUUACACUGCUGAGAAGGCCUCCAUCUACUUCACCUAUGACUGUCAGGAUGGGCACAGACAUUCAUUUGCUGUGGGUGUCCGUCCGCGCUCAGUGUCCUUCUAUGCAGAGUGUGGGGCAGUACACCAGCGAGAGCAGACGCUCAGCAGGCCUCACACAUUGGGGGACUCUGGGGGCCUCUUCACCCUGGGGAGGAUGAACUCCAAAGCGGCAGCAUUCCAUGGCAAGGUCUGCCAACUGGACAUUUACCCCUCAGCCCAGGCUGCCUCGCGCUACUGUAACUACCUUAAAAAACAGUGCCGGCUGGCCGACACUUUCCGAUCACCUUUGACAUAUUUAGGUUUGGAUAUGGAGGCAUCAGAUCCCACUUCUAGCCCCAUGACCGAUACCCCCUCUGGAGUACCCCUUACCAUUCAGACCCUGACGAUGGCCAGAGCAACCACAGAGCAACUAUCCCCAGAAAGUUCCAUCACACAAUAUUCAACCCUCAGCCCAUCAGUACAGCCGAAUCUGGGGGACCGUAGUCACAUCUCCAUGUUGGAGCCCCUUGCACACUCCACUGCAUCCUCUCUCCACCCUGACAGCCCCACCCCAGCCACCCUGAGUGGUUUGGCAACGUUGAGCCUCAUCCAUAGGGCAACAGUCACCACUACCAGUAACACGCCAGCAGUACACAGCAGGCUCCAGGGAGCCGCUGACCAGUCUGAGAACAGCACAGAGGAGGAGAGCAGCUCGGGGAGGCCACAGGAACCAGAUGGCACCCCAGGCCUGAUUUCCCCAGUCAGGCAGAGUCGUGUGAAGGAAGGUCUCAGGAACAACUCCAGCACCAGCCCCAAGGACUCAAGCACCAGGCCCAAGCAGACUGACCAGCUCCUGGAGACUCAGCUGAAAGUCAAUGGUACCACAUUAUACCGUGAGAAUCAGGUGGACGCCUCUGAGGAGCACAGCCUAGAUGGCAGCUAUGAUGAUAUGGACAUGGGAGGCUAUGACUAUGGAUAUGAGGAGCCAGAGUACUUCUAUGACUACGAGGGUGGUUUCCGCGGCCUCAAAGGAGAGCCAGGUCCUCCGGGUCCUCCUGGUCCCACUGGUUUACCUGGUCCUCCAGGAAAAAGAGGCCCUCGGGGUCCCACUGGUCCACAUGGAAUCCCAGGACAGCCCGGUCCACCUGGCCCCAAGGGUUCGAAGGGAGAUCCAGGGUUGUCUCCUGGCCAGGCUCCAGCCGGAGAAAAGGGAGACAGAGGUCCACCAGGCCUACCUGGACAGGAUGGAUUUGCAGGUCCACUGGGUCCUAAGGGCUAUCCAGGACCACGAGGACUGCCAGGAGAACAAGGCAUACCAGGACCACCAGGCGAGGCUGGGGCUGCAGGUUACCCUGGCAGGCAGGGUUUGGCUGGGCCAGAAGGUAACCCAGGGCCUAAAGGUGUCCGUGGUUUCAUAGGGCCUCCUGGUGUAGCAGGGCCACCAGGGCUGGAAGGCGAGAGAGGGAUUCCUGGUCCUGUUGGGAAGCCUGGUCCUAAAGGAAGACAGGGUGUUGUUGGUGAUGCUGGGGAAAGGGGGCCUCCUGGUCCCGAUGGCAAUGAGGGGCCUGUUGGUGGACCUGGCAUUGGUGGCUUCCCUGGUCUGAGGGGAGAGCCAGGGCCUGAGGGACCACGAGGACUACCUGGCAUGGUGGGACCUCAGGGCCCAACGGGACGAGCUGGCCUGCCUGGAUUGAAAGGUGAUAAGGGUGAAGUGGGACAAAGGGGUGAACCAGGAGAAAUGGGGUAUCAAGGCGAUAAGGGUGCUCCUGGUUUGCCUGGCCCUGCUGGUCCUCGCGGGAAACCAGGCCCACUGGGUAAAAUUGGUGAGAUGGGACUAAUUGGACCACCUGGGCCUCCAGGACCAGAGGGAUUUCCUGGGGAUAUUGGAAUACCAGGGCCCAACGGCCCACCUGGACCAAAGGGUCUGCAGGGUGCCAGGGGACCUCAGGGACCGCCAGGGCCAAAAGGAACAGAGGGUGAUGAAGGACCACUCGGCCCACCUGGCAGUCCUGGCCCUACUGGGAGACCUGGAAGGAAAGGCUACAUAGGUGAACCUGGCCCUGAGGGACUAAAGGGAGAGAAGGGGGACCUGGGAAAUGUCGGAAAAAACGGACCACAAGGUCCAGUAGGCCUGAUUGGGAUAGCAGGAGUGAUAGGAGUUCCCGGUGAGAAGGGUGACCGAGGCCCAGCAGGUCCAUUGGGUCCCCCUGGGGAGAAGGGGCCAAGGGGUUAUCCAGGCUUGCCAGGAAAUGCUGGGGAUAUUGGCAUACAAGGCGCACCUGGUCCACAGGGACAGAGGGGUAGUCCAGGAAUUGCCGGCCCAAAGGGCAGAAGGGGUCCCCAGGGUCCAGAUGGCCCACUGGGAGAACUAGGCACUGAGGGCGCCAAGGGUGAAAGGGGUGACAUCGGAAAAAAAGGCGAACCAGGAUUCAUAGGCAAGGCUGGCAGUCCAGGAGAGAGAGGCCCUCCUGGGAAACCUGGUAAACCGGGUAAUCCAGGAAGCACUGGUGAGAGGGGACCCGAGGGUGAACCAGGACCCAAAGGACCUCCUGGAGAAGCAGGACCUGAUGGAGAGCAAGGACAUGAGGGUGCACCUGGUGCAGAGGGAGAAGUUGGUGCCAUUGGAGAGCCGGGGUUAAAGGGUGAUGUCGGGCCUCCAGGAGCAGAAGGCGAGCAGGGACAGCUGGGAAUGAGAGGUCCUCCUGGUCCCCCUGGUGAAGACGGCCCUCAAGGGAAGGAUGGACCCAAGGGUGAACCUGGUGAUCGUGGGCCCAUGGGAGAGCCUGGGGACAGAGGGUCAGAAGGAGACCCUGGAUUCCCAGGACCACCUGGUGAGCCAGGGAAGCAGGGUUUUCGUGGGCCAGAGGGAAAACCGGGGCUGCCAGGGAACCGAGGACGCCACGGCAAGAAGGGAGAAAGAGGCCCUCCAGGUCUCGCUGGUGAGAUUGGAUCAGCAGGAGACAUUGGCCAGCCAGGCGAGCCGGGAUUGAAAGGUGCCAGGGGAACCAGAGGCCCACCAGGUCAGCCUGGUGUUAUGGGGCCUGAGGGACAACCAGGACUGAUGGGAUACACAGGUCACCCUGGCAAGCCAGGGCCCAUUGGACCACCAGGGCCUAAAGGUGAAAAGGGUUACCCAGGAGAGGACAAUAAGACCCCAGGACCAGCCGGGCCCUUAGGUGAACCAGGUCCUCCAGGCGAGCGAGGAGAGCGUGGAGAGCCUGGUGAUGAGGGAUAUCAGGGUCAUAUUGGCAUCACUGGACCUCGUGGAGCUGUUGGGCAGCAAGGCCCACCUGGAAUGCCAGGGCUGGCAGGAGAGCCAGGUCCAAAGGGAGAGAGGGGAGCUCCGGGCUCAGUGGGGAAGAAAGGAGCUACUGGGCUGAGUGGAGCACCUGGUGUUGAAGGACCAGUUGGUUUACCUGGACCUAAAGGAAUGGAGGGAUACCCCGGGCAGGACGGUGCCCCAGGACUACCAGGCUUACCAGGACUGCCAGGAAAACGAGGACGACAGGGUCAAAGGGGUGCAGUGGGACAGGAGGGACCCACUGGACGUCCAGGGCUCAGAGGAGAGGCUGGACUUCCUGGUCCACCCGGAGAGAGAGGACCACCUGGUCAGAAGGGGGAGCCUGGCCUGGCAGGAGAGAGGGGAACCACAGGAAUCAAAGGCAUGGAGGGGGCUACAGGUGACCAGGGCAGGAAAGGAGACCCAGGACCCAAAGGACAACCAGGGGAAUCUGGAGACCUAGGAAUGAUUGGUUUGCAGGGGUUUCCAGGACCAAAGGGACCAAAUGGCGACUUGGGAUUGAAAGGUGUCCCUGGUCCUAAAGGCCCUAUGGGUAUUCUGGGAUUCACUGGACCUGUAGGCCCUGAAGGAAUGAUGGGCCCAAUGGGAAAACCUGGGUUAAGGGGUCCAAAAGGAAGCAAUGGCGAAAUGGGGCCUCAAGGGCCACAGGGGAGCCCAGGUCCCAGAGGACCCCCUGGUGCUCCUGGUCCCACAAGGCAGAUAUAUGCUGACUCCGAGGUCGACAGUCUGUAUGACUCCAACGCUGCCCUUAGGACAGAGAGUUUCCAGAACACGGAAAUGACACUGCCGGACCAGAAUUCGGAGAUCCUGAAGACUCUGCGUUACCUGAGCAGUGUGAUCGAGAGCAUCAAAAAGCCUCUGGGUACACGGGAGAACCCGGCCCGUGUCUGUAAAGACCUGCUGGACUGUCAUCACAAGCUCAGUGACGGUCGGUUCUGGAUUGAUCCAAACCUGGGCUGUACUUCAGAUGCUAUCGAGGUCUUCUGUAAUUUCACUGCAGGGGGCCAGACUUGCUUACAUCCACUGGCCUCUAAUAAGAUGGAGUUUGGUGUAGGCAAAGUCCAAAUUAAGUUUCUCCAUUUACUGAGCACUGAGGCCAGCCACAGCAUUACAGUCCACUGCCUGAGUGAUCCACCCUACGGCACCACAGACAGCUUCAGCCCUGCUGGCCCCAUAACCAAGCAAAACACCCAGCUGCGGUUUCGUGGCUGGAACGGACGGAUGUUUGAGCAAGACACACUACUUGAACCACACGUGCUACAAGACGAGUGCAAGAUCCAAGAUGGCAGCUGGCAUCAGUCACGUUUCCUCUUCCAUACUCAGGAUAGUCGUCAGCUCCCUAUUGUAGACGUACAGGAACUCUCUGCAUCACAGCCUCACAGUCAGCGACAUAUAGAAGUCGGACCGGUCUGCUUCCUCUGAGGCCAGAAUCACCUUCUCUUAUCAUCCUUACAUAAAGUGCUAAAGCAGAAGGCUGCCACACAAAAUGGCUGUCUACCAAAGAUGGGCUGGAACACCAAGCUGGGAUGCGUCUCCGCUCUUUGUGGGAGAGAGUUGCCAUGUCUUUGUGAGAGAGACGAAUGCCCUGUCUGAUCAGUCGUGGGCCUUAGUAGAGGAACUCGGUCUGUAUGGGACAUCCAGGCCAAGAACGCCAAAGGAGAACAGUGUAUACCAAUAUUUAUCAAAUAAAUGUGUAAAGUAUUCUUUGUUUGUUUGUUUGUCUGUCUGUCAAAAAGGUGCUUUGGUUGGCUGCAUCCUGGACUCUUAGUACCCCCUGAAUCUCAGGGUAGGGCCUAAAUACGCAGCAACCUAUCCUAACCCCAAACUCAUACCUCCCUCUCAUAACCCCCCUACCCCAUCCCCACCCCACCCCAUCCCCACACUCCAGUCAUCCUAAGCGGGGGCCCAGCCCGAAGGAAAGUGCCAGGCCUCUGAAUAGGAGCACUGUCUAACUAAAGGGUUAUAAGAGUGCAAUAGCAUGUGGAUUAUGUGUGACUGAUAUGGAUAUUGCAUUUCCAAUCAAACGCUAUAUUUUACAUUGUUUUCAUAAUAAUUUUGUCUUUUGUCCUGCCCAGUUGGACGUGUUACAUCUUGACAGAUGGUGCUCUACCUCUACCCGCUCAUUUGCUUUUUAGAAUAGAUGCUUGUGUCAACUUUGUUUCUUUUUUCUUCGAUUUGUAUGUACCGGUUACAUCAAGAUUUGUUCUGUUGUUUGAGUACUUAUUGCUUUGGUCAUUUCUAAUUUAUGAACCUUUUUUUUGAUACACUACAUAUUUUUCGUAGCUUUUCCUUCUAUUUGGUAGGUUCUUCAGGGGUAACCUAUCAUUGGUGCUGCAGCAAAGAAUGAGUCAUCAGUGAGUUUUUACAUUUCCUGUGUAUAUAUUGACAACAUACUGUAUGUUUGAUUAUUUAUAUCCUUCUUGUUUUUGUUCACAUUACUGUGCCACAGUAAGUUAUACUCUCAGAGAACUAUUUGGUCAGCUACAACUCAGUCUAAAUAAGUAUUUAUGUUUUAAAAAAAAAUGUGUAUUUGUUUGUACACACUCAUGAUUGUAUGUUUAUCAAACCUUUACCUGAGCUCAUUCAAUGGUUGUUAGGUGGACUGGCAGCUACCAUAGGCCAGAGUCAGAAUCCUUUAAAAACAGUCAUCAUAUUCUUAAGUUAUAUUACCUUGAACAGAGUGUAAUUAUAUAAAUUCUCUGGAGGAUAAAGUUGGAUGCAAAUGUGUAAAUAAUAAAUAUGUUGACAUUAAAUAAAUAGAACAAUUU